UCUGAAGUUCCUUCCUUGUAAUUUUCCUUACUAAAAUUGGAUAACACUUCCUAGGAAAUAUACCUUCGGAUAUUAAUGAAAAUAUGAACAUCACACCAAUCACUCAUUUGUGAUGUCUAAGAUGAUUAAAACGUUAUGGCGCACUUGCACUACCAAGACUAGUGACAAUAGCUCGAAGACGAUCUGGUCUCUCAGGAUGAGGAUGAGACUUCAUUUCAACCUUUCAAUCAGAUAAUAAGUACAUUAAAUUCAGCUAAAAGAUGGAGGGAAGAUUCAGGGUGUAAUCAUAGAAUUCGCAUCAGUUACGACCUAGCCCAUACUAGUGCCAUGAGCCUAGGUGUAGAACUCACUCCUAAAAGACCAGCCGAUCAGGAGGAGGGAACACCUUGCUUAUAAGCCACCGGUCAAGCCCAUACUUGACCGGUGUGGGAUCGUAACAAUACCCCACGCUUCGAAGAGCCAACGUCCUCGUUGGUCACGGCUAUGUUGGUCACGGUUGGCACCCCUAGGGCCCAAGCCACCACUCCAUAGGCCACCAUUCUGAGUGUCGGGACUAGGAAGAUGGGGACGACUCUGAUACCAAUUGUUAUGUACUAGGAGAGAAAUUCGAAGUACAUACGUGAAGUAGGAAUUCUUUGAAGAAGAAAAGAAUUCGAACAGUAAUUAUAGAGAAUUAUGAAAUGGGAAGGAGGUCAAUGACAAUCAAAAGCUCCCUCUUUCAUUGUAAGCAUACGCAUUUAAGCUACAGCAACUGUCUCAACAGAUUAGUUUCAACUACUUCAACUAAUCCGUAAUAUACGUAUAUACAUGUAAAAUCUACGUAUACAUCAGCCACGUAUUACUAUCAUAUACAUCCACGUAAUGCAUGACAUGGUAUCCACGUCAUGUAAAAUAACAAUCCAUCCCUCUUAAAAAUUCUGGAACCGCAAGCUACAGUUUGUCUCCUCACAAAUUCUGGAAAUCUCUUGGUAAGCUCCUCAUAUGACUCCCAUGUGGCAUCUUCUUUUUCACCAUUCGACCAUUGGACCAGCCAAUAUACAGCAGCAACCCCUUUCUUCUUGGCAAUUUUUUUUGCAACACUUCCUUGGGUUCCACUUGAAUUACCACUUGAUCAUCCAACAGGGGUAUAUAUGUUUCUUGAGUUGUGAUAUAUGGAAGACUGGAUGUAUCUUAGCUUCCUUAGGUAGAUGUAAUUUGUAAGCCACUUUUCUCACUCUUUGUAUAAUUUCGAAUGGACCAAAGAAUUUAGGACCCAGUUUAAGAUUCAUUCUUUUUGCUACAGACUGUUGUCUAUAGGGCUGCAAUUUGACAUAAACCCAUUCCCCAAUUUGGAACUCUUUAUCACUCCUAUGUUGGUCAGCUUGGUUCCUCAUUCUGUCCUGUGCUCUCUUUAAGUGAAGUGUGGAAAAACUGACUACAUUAACAUGACUGAUGUGAAAGCAAACAUCAUAUUGUAGACUUUAAUGUUUUCUUGAUAAUUUUUACUUUCACGAUCUCCAUUAUGAAAAAGUAGAUGUUGAAGGAGGAUUGGGGAAUCUUUCAAGAAUGGCAAUUGAACUUUCCAUUUCCACAACAAAGAUGGUAUUUAGGAGUUCUGAUUUCCUUGUGUUUAUGUGAUCUUUCUUGGUACCACAUACAUGCUUUACAUUUAUCACAUUCUAUGAGAGGAUCUCCAAUAUCAAAAUAUCCUGGUGUAUACAAAAUUUUAUGCAACAUAAAAUGUUGUUUAUGGUGGAGUUUGGGGUGGAUGGAAAGGUAUGUGGGACCUAAAAAUUCCACUAAAAGUAAAAUAUUUUAUUUGGCAGGUAUUGGAUGGAUCCCUCCCUUCGGAUAUAAAUCUUGAACGGAGGGGGGUGCCUAUCCCGAGUGAGUGUAGGAUUUGUGCCCAUGGAGAGGAGACAACAGAGCAUGCUUUGAGAUCUUGCCCGAAGGCAACCGAAGUUUGGCGGGCAGUGGGAGUGGUCCUCGGCACGGGGAUGAACUGGUAGAGGUAUGAUUUCAAAACCUUCUUUCGGGUUCGGAUAAAGAGUUGAGUUGUAAAGUUGCUAUGCUAGUAUGGGGACUAUGGAAGAGAAGAAAUUCCCCAAUGUGGGGAGAUGAGAUGCAGGAUACGGCAAGUCUGUUAAAUAGAUGUGCAUGCAUGCUUCUUGUGUGGAGAGAAGCACAGGAGGACGAGAGGACGGCAUGCAGCAGACAUGGCAUACGUAAGCCCAGGAGGAGUAAGCCGAGAGCAGGCUUUCUGAAGUUAAAUGUGGAUGCAAAAAUGGAUGUUCAGGGGGAAGGAGAGCUUGGGGCUGGAUUGCAAGGAAUGAUCAAGGAGAAUUAGUCAAAGCAGGUGGCGGGUCUGUGAGAGCCGAAUGAUGUCCUGCGGAAGCGGAAGCAAAAGGGAUAAGGGAGGCGCUCUAGGUGGCCAUGAAUGAGGGAUGGGAAAAGGUGGAGCUGGAAUAUGAUGCACAGGUGAUCAUACGAGGUGUUCAGCGUGGCGACAAUAUGGCUUAUUUGAACUUGAUUCUUGAGGAUAUUCGAAAUCUUGUUAGCACAAAGAGUAUAUUUUCUAUCUCUUUUUGUCCACGGUCUGCGAAUCGUGUUGCUCAUAAUCUUGCUAGAGCACACGUAGCUCUCUCAUAUCAUAGUAGUGGUUAUGUAGUUAUUCCGGAUUGUAUUGUAAGCCAAUUGGCUAACGACAUUUUGAAUUAAUAAUAUUGCUAGUCUCAAUUUCAAAAAAUACCUUGAAUGCAAUUAAAACUAGGCCUUGG